AUAUAUAGGAAUUCCUUCCUACGUCCGAGAAUCCUUUCUGUUUGUGUGCCCAAAAAAAAAAAAAAGGAGAAUCCCAUUUCAAUUUUGCCCGCUUUCCCAUCUUUUGCCCUCUGCCUCGCUUUCAAUCUCUUCAUCUUCUUUACAGUGGCUCACCGUUACGCAGCCCAACUGCAGCUAUGCUGCCCUCAAAGCCCCGUCUCAUACUCUAUAGCUCGAACGACCCAUGCCCACAUGAUAGCUUCUGGGUUCAAGCCACGUGGCCAUAUUCUUAACCGCUUGAUUGAUGUCUACUGUAAAUCUUCAAAUUUUAGUUAUGCCCACCAACUGUUCGAUCAAAUUCCAAAACCAGACAUUGUUGCUAGAACCACCUUGAUUACGGCGUACUCUGCCAUUGGGAAUCUAACGCUGGCUCGGAAGAUAUUCAAUGAAACUCCAUUGAGCAUGCGAGACACUGUUUGUUACAAUGCGAUGAUCACAGGCUAUUCUCGUAACAAUGAUGGCUAUGCCUCUAUUAGACUAUUUUGUGAGAUGAGGCAAGGUGGUUUUAGGCCUGACGAUUUCACAUAUACGACUGUACUAAGUGGUGCGGCACAGAUAGUGGAUGUUGAAAAGCAGUGCCAGCAACUACAUUGUGCAGUAGUUAAGUCAGGAACAGGGUUUGCCACUUCGGUAUGGAAUGCGCUGUUAUCUGUUUAUGUUAGAUGUGCUUCUUCACCAUUAGUAUCAUCAUCAUCAUUGAUGGGUGAAGCUAGGAAUUUGUUUAAUGAGAUGCCUGAGAGAGAUGAACUAUCAUGGACAACGAUGAUUACUGGGUACAUAAGGAAUGAAGACCUUCAUGCAGCUCGGGAAUUGCUAGAUGGAAUGGAUGAAAGGAUGGAAGUUGUAUGGAAUGCGAUGAUUUCGGGUUAUGCUCACCACAAUUCUUUUCAAGAAGCAUUGCUAUUGUUUAGGAAAAUGCGGUUACUGGGGAUUCAUCAGGAUGAAUUUACUUACACUAGUGUUAUUAGUACUUGCGCUAAUAAUGGACUAUUUCAGCUUGGGAAGCAGGUGCAUGCUUACAUACUUAGAACUGAAGCGAAGCCUACUGUGGAUUUUUCAUUAUCUGUGAACAAUACAUUGCUUACACUAUAUUACAAAUGUGGUAAACUUGAUGAAGCACGGUAUAUUUUUAAUAAUAUGCCUGUUAAAGAUCUUGUUUCUUGGAAUGCAAUCCUUUCAGGGUAUGUUAGUGCAGGGCGCAUCCAGGAAGCAAAAUCCUUUUUUAAGGAAAUGCCAGAGAGGAGCAUUCUGACAUGGACUGUGAUGAUAUCUGGUUUAGCUCAAAAUGGAUUAGGAGAAGAAGCGAUGAAGCUAUUCAACCAAAUGCGAUCAGAAGGUUUUGAACCGUGUGAUUAUGCAUUUUCUGGAGCAAUUACAUCUUGUGCUGCGCUUGGAGCAUUGGAGCAUGGACGCCAGCUCCAUGCUCAACUAAUUAGCUUGGGGUUUGAUUCAAGCCUUUCAGCUGCAAAUGCACUUAUCACAAUGUAUGCAAGAUGCGGAGUUUUCGAGGAUGCGAACUCUGUGUUUCUUACCAUGCCUUAUAUUGAUUCAGUGUCUUGGAAUGCUAUGAUUGCAGCUCUGGCCCAACAUGGACAUGGUGUUCAAGCAAUAGACCUUUUUGAAAAAAUGUUGAAGGCAGAUAUACUACCAGAUAGAAUAACUUUCCUCAUCAUUCUAUCAGCUUGUAGUCAUGCUGGUUUAGUCAAGGAAGGGCGCCAUUAUUUUAGUUCAAUGCGUGUCUCUUAUGGUAUUAGCCCUGAUGAAGGCCAUUAUGCUCGCAUGAUUGAUCUGUUGUGUCGAUGUGGGGAGUUCACAGAAGCCAAGGGCUUGAUUGAAUCAAUGCCUUUUGAGCCAGGUGCACCGAUUUGGGAGGCUCUUCUUGCUGGUUGUCGGACUCAUGGGAAUAUGGAUUUAGGAAUUCAAGCAGCAGAACGACUCUUUGAGUUGGUGCCACAACACGAUGGAACUUACAUACUUUUGUCAAACCUGUAUGCCGCUAUAGGCCGUUGGGAUGAUGUGGCUAAGGUGCGGCAACUAAUGAGAGAUCGAGGGGUUAAGAAAGAGCCUGGUUGUAGUUGGAUUGACGUUGAAAACAUGGUCCACGUCUUCUUAGUUGGUGAUACUGUGCACCCUGAGGUCCAAGCCGUGUACAAAUAUCUUGAGCAACUAGGACUUGAAAUGAGGAAGUUAGGAUAUCUCCCUGACACAAAGUUUGUGUUGCAUGAUAUGGAGUCUGAGCAUAAGGAGUAUUCCUUGUCCACUCACAGUGAGAAGCUUGCAGUUGCAUUUGGGCUCAUGAAGCUUCCUCUUGGAGCCACAAUCAGAGUUUUUAAGAAUCUUAGGAUUUGUGGGGAUUGCCAUACUGCAAUUAAGUUUAUGUCAAGAGUGGUUGGAAGAGACAUAAUUGUGAGGGAUGCAAAGAGGUUUCAUCAUUUUAGGAAUGGUGAAUGCUCUUGUGGCAAUUACUGGUAAUCUGGCCCGAGCUUGAUGGGAGGAGGUUUUAUAAAUACUUGGCGGGUUGAUCCCCCUAACCACCAGGUUCGAGAGAGAAGCAAAAAUUUCAAACAUAUGUUCUCGUCGCUAUCAGGCUCCUGAACUAAUCUUUGGUGCAAAGAAUAUUCAACACCCAUUAAUAUCUGGGCAGCUGGUUGUGUCCUUGCUGAGCUUCUUCUGGGACAGGUUAUGGACUGCUUGGCUUCUUGUUGGCCUAAGUUAGCUUGGGUUAAACAAUAUUUACUUCUUAACUGAUCAAAACAAUUCAAAGUCUUCUACAGCCAUUGUUUCCAGGAGAGGAUGCAGUGGACCAACUUGUAGAGAUUAUCAAGGUCAAGCCUCACUAUCGCUGCUGAACUAAGUGGAUCAUGUAAUUGUGUAAGCAUACAGUUUAGGUGUCUUCUUGCAGGUUCUUUGCACUGCAACUAGACUAUAAAUUUGAUGCAUGGAUUCCAAAUCGUACAGAUUUUAGGUUCCUUCAUAUUAAAGCUCGUCCUUGGCAUAAGGUAUGCAUUUUGAUUAUAACCCUUCAAAUAAGUUGGUUCUCAGGGCUGCUUAUAGUUAUAGAGGGCAGACUUUAUAUUCGCACAUGGGCACAUGUACACGCGCAUACUUACAUAUGUGUCUUUGUUCUGUGUGCAAGGAAACCUUAUGUGUACAAAUUUGGGUGGUUUUUUCCUUUUCCUUUUAUGUCCUGAACACGUACUGUUCUUGUCCAUGUCCAUACCUGUAACUAUAAAAUUAUUAACUAUUAAAACACUUA